UAGGAGUGAAGGAUGAAAAUGGGAGGAGGAAACAAUGUGCUGGACCCGCCCGCCACAUUCCCAGCACAUCUCAGCCAUGCAUGCAUGACUGCAUCCAAGUCCAAACUGUCUCCAGCUUCCAUAGGCAGGCUGCUGUUUACUAAAGGGCACAAGUCGCUCUUCUUUCUCUAAUCGGAAGAUAGAUCUUAUUUUAUCAUCAUCUCUCACUUCUCCACCCCCUCCUGCGCAAUCGGGCCGCCACGGGUGGCGUUAUAAAGGUGGCGCUUGGACGUCUGCUGUCCUCAGCGAAUCUUUCUUCAUCAUCCGCCUCCUUGUCUGCUGCUGAGUUUGAAAUUUCAAAAUAACUAACAACGGCAAUGACAGACCCGGCGACACCAAAUUCCUACCCAGUCCCGGACUUGACCAUUGUGGAUCCUUCUUCAGGCGCUGUGCGGAACGGCCAGUGCGCCCCGGAUGGCUUCAGUAACAACCACCAUCAGCAUGCAAAGAGCCCCAUCCAGCCUGAGGCUCUCACCUCAGGCCAGGAGAUGAAAAUCACCGACAGUGUGGAGGGAGAAGGCCUCCUAGAGAGCAGCUUGCGCCUGAAGCCACAUGAGGCUCAGAACUACAGGAAGAAGGCACUCUGGGUCUCAUGGAGCUCCAUCGUGGUCACCCUCAUACUGGCUGUGACGGCAUUCACUGUAUCCUUCAUGAGGCACAGCGCAUCAGCCUUUGGAUUUGCCUUUGAUGCCACUUUGGAUGUGUUGUCAUCAGUCAUUGUCCUGUGGCGCUACAGCAAUGCGGCUGCUGUGCAUUCAGCACACCGGGAGUACAUAGCAUGUGUUGUCCUCGGUGUUUUGUUUCUGCUCUGCUCUCUGUGCAUUCUUGGAAAAGCCAUUCAUAAUCUGGUCACCAGGAUGCCCCCAGAAGUGGACGACUUCCUCUUCAGUGUUUCCAUUUUGAGUGGAUUUAUCUGUACUGUGCUGGCUGUUGCCAAGUUCAUGCUGGGAAGAGUGCUGACUAGUCGUGCUCUCAUCACUGAUGGUUUCAACUCCCUGGUUGGUGGCAUCAUGGGAUUUACUAUUCUGAUCAGUGCUCAGGUCUUCAAGGACCAUCCUGAUGUCUGGUUCCUGGAUGGCAUCAUUGGCAUUCUUAUUGGACUCAUCAUUCUGGCAUACGGGGUCAAACUUUUGAAGGACAUGGUGCCCCGUGUGAGACAAACAAGGAACUACGAGCGAUUUGAGUGAGCUUCCUCUGCCAGCAGGUUCACAUAUAUGACCUUUUGCCCCCCCGCUGUCGACUCCCUGACCUUUCCAGGCACUUAAAUAGUGCUUUAUUGCACACACAUACGAGCGCUAAAUGCAUACAUCAUUGCCAUUACACACAUGUUUAUACACUCGUAUUGUAUAUGCUGCAUCCUCAUGCAUCCUCAGAUGUUCUCAAGCACAUACAGACACAACAUAAACUAUAUGUGCUGUGCAAAGAAACAUGAAAAGUCGCCGAUAACAACUUAAUCCAUUGUAGUUACUGCUAAUCUUUGUUGUUAUCAACCAAUACAUACACAAAGUGUAGCGGCACAACCUGAACAUUCUUUAAAUGUGAUGUGUCCAACACAAGCAUGCAUUCAAUAGUCUAAUUUUUCACACAUUCAUGUCUUACAAUCUGCUGUUUUUUUAAGGGUAUGCGGACUUUAAAGUGAUUUGUUGAACUCCUAUUUAUUUAUUUAUUUAUUUAAUGGAUCCAUAUCCCGGCCUGUUUACAAACAGUGACUGGAUUCUACUAAAAAUAUUUCCAAUAACUCCCUCCAAAACUGUAACAUCCCAAUACUCAUGUUUGUUUUGUAGCAUGUUCUCAGGUUUUGAUCAUGAAUGUGAAAGCACUGAACUCUUGAAGAAAUAUGUAUUCCUGUGCCAUCAUUAUCUUGUCCUUUCUUACAUGUUUUCAUUUCAACAUUCAUCUAGAAAACUGGAAACCAUGCACCAACCAUGACUCCAUUCAUAACAUGACGACUUUGCAGAUACGGUCUUACACUGUAUUUUCUCACCAGCAUAUGUUGUGCAUGUUCCCAUCAUUAUUAGACUUUCCAAUGAUGUGCACUGAACAGAAUGUAAAUACAAACACAGAAGUAUGUUAAAUAUAUCGUACUGUUUGGGUCCUUCCAUAUAGCAAACAUCCUAGCUGUGGUACUAUAACGCCAAAACAGUCAACCUUGUGGACAAGAAAGAUUAUUUUCAAAGUCCUGCUUUGGUAAAAAUGUUUACUCUAUAGUGUUUAUAUUCUGUAAAUAUUGUCCUACAAAUUGGUGACAGACUUGGAUAAAGUGACACAUUUUUCUCACUGAACAGUGGGAUUAGACGCUGAGAAUGUGAAUAUGAAUGAUGUUAUACAUAGUUCAUUUUUGAUCUAUGACCAAAUUAUGACCAGUACUUGAUGUGAAGUGGUUUUUGUAUAAGGAUAAAGAAUACGUGUGAGCCCCCUUUUGGUUAGCAAACCACAUUACAACGGUUUUCAUCAGCAGAAUUCAGGUUUUGCCAGGUUGAAUUGAAAACCUUUGUACCAGUUUGUGUGCGGUCAGGAGAGGCGACUCAGUCAGAGCACAGCAUACCAUAAAAUACGGCACUGCGUUGUACAGUUUUUCAUAUGGGGCCUACCUCUACCAAGCGGGGAAUUACUUAACAAUUAAGUAUGGGUAAAGUACAAGAAUCAGUGUUGUCUUUUGUACAAAGAAUAACAAUAAAAGGAAGGUGCGAGACAACGCCCGCCUCUUCAACUGACUAGCAGAAUGAUUUGAAACGUCCACACCUCUUUCCUGCUAAGGCCGGGGUGUCCAAACUGCAGCCCGGUGGCCGUUUGUGGUCCACAGCGGCUUUGGUAUUGGUCCAUGAACAUUUUAAAAAUAUAAUUUAACAGAAAUAUUUUUUUAAAUAGCUAAAAUUGAAAAAUAUGCAGUAAUUAUAAUAAAAAACUAAACGUUAAGACAAGAAAGUUGUAAUCUAUUUUUAAAAAGUCAUAAUUAUUAACAUUUUACAGUAAUAUUAUAAGGUAAAACAACAUCACUUUUCUAUAAUAAAGUCAAAAUGUUUUAUAUUAUUAUUUCCAUCCAUGCACGGUGGUCAAGUGGUUAGCAUGUUGGCUACACAGUCAGGGUUCAAUUCUCCACUUGGACAUCUCUGUGUGGAGUUUGUAUGUUCUCCCUGUGGGUUUUCUCCGGGUACUCCGGUUUCCUCCCACAUUCCAAAAACAUGCUAGGUUAAUUGGCGACUCCAAAUUGUCCAUAGGUAUGAAUGUGAGUGUGAAUGGUUGUUUGUCUAUAUGUGCCCUGUGAUUGGCUGGCGACCAGUCCAGGGUGUACCCCGCCUCUCGCCUGAAGUCAAAUGGGAUUGGUUCCAGCAUACCCCCGCGACACUAGUAAAAAAAAUCAAAAGUUGCCCUUCUUCAGUAUGUGGCCCUCAGUGUAAAAAGUUUGGACACCCUGUUCUAAAGCAUUAUUGACAAUCUCCAGAAGGCAUAAUUCAGAGCAAUACAUGCUGCAAGACACAGAGCCGAACACGCAUCUGAAUUUGCCAAUGUUCAUUGCUAUUUUGGUUUGGCUAGAAACUUUGCAUUGACUUUUCUACCUCUCUUUUUGCACUGUUUUGUUCUUACUUGUACCCAUUUCAUGCUUCUUAAUUGACAUCUCUUCUCACCUACCCUUAUAAUAAAUCAUCUUCUAAGAAAUGUCUUUGUCUAACCUUUCAUUCAUGACAAGUAUAAUUUCUCUGUGACCCUUCAAAUUCGGUCUCAUAAGCAUAGCAUUGUUUUCUAAACUGUAAACAUAUUUUCUGUGAUAUUGUAGUGGCCUAUAGUAUAAAAGCUGACCUCGUUUACUGUAUUCCUCAAUCUCAAUCAUUUUCUGACUGUAGCAAAUAUUUGAUUGUACUUGCACUGAUUAAUACAGUAUCACCCAUGUGUGUCUCUGUAUGCUUUGCAUGAACUUUAAAAAGUAGUCCCUAAGUCAGAGGUGUCCAAAGUGUGCCCUGGAGGCUGCAGCUCAUUUUGUAUUUGCGCUCGGGAUGUUCUAAAAAUAUAUUAAAUACAUUAUUAAUGACAUAUAUUGGUAGAUAUUACUCAAUAUUGCUUUUUCACCUGUAACACAAAGAUAAGAUGUUGUUUGUUCACAUAAUGUACAUUAUAGUGACCUACAUUGGGUUGGUUGUAGCAUCUUUAAUGUACAAAAUGCAUCCUUUUCUGUAUGCAAAGUUUGACCACUUUGUCCUAAGUAAUAAAACGCACACAUACAUUGAACAGUGUAAAUCAAUGUCUCUUAGAUCUUGCUAUGUAACAGAGUCCAUCUCUUUGUACAGUAAUCAGAUACAUAUUCUGGUGUACAGUACAUCAUUUAUUAUGUAAAUGAACGAUUAUGUAUUUCUUUGUUUAAAAAUGUAUUGACAAAUAAAGUUUUUUCUGCUU